ACCAACUGCAUAGAAUUGCAUGCACUUGUUUAAAAACUGCGGUGAAAGAAAUUUCAUUCCUGGUUAUACUUAUCAAAAUUUGUUUGUAACGAGUGAAAAAAUGGAGACCUCUGUAUUACUUAAAAUUUCGGAAGCUUUAAUCAUACUUCCAGUGAACAAAGAGACACAUGGAAUAAAGAAAUUGUGGAGCAUGCUGCAUAAAGCUCUGUGCUGGGUUAAUUGCAUCACGAUAUUUACUACGUUUAUGCAAGUUAUCCAAUUUUAUAUAAAACAGAGUUCCGACCAAGUGUCUGCACUGAUUUGUGUCAGUUUAUUUUACAUUCAAAAAGCUGCGUUGUUUAGUGUUUUAAUCCUAAAAAGUGAACAAAUCCGUGAUAUUUUUACGGACAUGUCCAACUGUGGUAUCAACGCAAAUAAAAUCGUGUCACUUAGAGCAAUUGUAAUUUGUGCUGGAUCAUUUCUAGUUUUCGGAUCAACAUCCGUGUACAGUAUCCAACAACUGCUCGUCUCAAACGAUUUCAAGGACAAGCAAAUCCCCCUAAAUCUUCUAACAAAACUUAUUUACCUUCUGCUUACCAUUUCCAACGCCUUGACAGAGCUAUCGUUUACCAUUUUUACCAUCAUUUUGGGAAAUUUUAUCAUCAACCUGACAACAGAGGUGGAAAAACUGGCUAAGGAAAUUGAAAAUAUUAGCAACAGUUAUGCUCAUUGCCGUGGUGGUGACAUUGUUAACAAUUCAAAGGCACUUGAAAAAGUUAUCAGAAGAUUAAAAAAUUUAUUAAAAAUUCUUAAAAAAGUGAAUACUGUUUGUGGAGAAUAUCUUUUAAUUUUUUGGUUCUUCCCGACCUCGAUCAUCGUGGCCAUAACGCAUACAUUAAUGGUAAAAGUCUUGUAUGGUGACAUCCUUAUGGACGAGAAUGAAAGUGAUAUGGUUAUUAAAUUCCAACUUCAAGCCUUAUUAAUCGCCUUGCUUGUGACAUGCACAAGAAUGUGGAAUUUCAUUAGUUUGGGAUCUGGACUCCUUGCGGCGGGAGACGAACUUAGAUUUCAAGCCGAUAUCGAGCCCUUUCCUAUCAUUGACAAAGGGAUGCAUCAACGGCAAGCUGACCUAGAAAGACUUGUUGGUCAAGUCAGUAGGCUAGCCAAUAAGCCGUUGGACAUAUCUCCGGCUGAUUUUUUCACUUUGAAUCGAACCUUGUUGAUUGGGACGCUGAUAACGGUGGUAAACUUUGUGCUGGCCUUUCGAAUGGCCGAAUCUAUGUAAACCUAUAGAAAAAUCAGAUGCUGAAAUCUAUUUGCUUAUACGGGAAAUUAUCGGGCAUGGUUUCGUCCAUGUAGGUAGUCCUACAAGUUCAUAAUUUUGAAAAUUUAGUUAAAAAAUUGUUAGUUGCAAAACAACUUUUGUCAUGAAUUAAUAAAUUAUCUUGGAAAUGGUA